AUGCCCGGCGCGCCCGCCGCCGACGACCGGACCCUCGUCGCGAUCCCGCCCACGCCCGAGAACGACAGCGAUAAUGAGCACGCGGCCAGCGACUACGCCAGCGACGAUGACGAGGGCAGCGUAGACAGCGCCGCUCGCAGGCGGCAGGUUCGCAGGAAGCAGGUCGUGCGCCUCGUCGCCCUCGUCUACGCCACCAUCGCCGCCCUCUGCGCCGGCUCCAUCGUCGUCUUCUCUCUCUACGCGCCCAAGUUCCAGUCGCGUCUGCGCUACACCCAGUUCCAGGUCAACGGCGUGGCCAUUGCGGGCUCCGUCUCCCUGUACCUGCCCGUCCCGGUCAUGGGCUACGUCUGCGACCGGGUCGGCGUCGCGCCCCUGUCGUUGCUGUCAUCGCUGCUCUUCGGCGUCGGCUACAGCCUGGCUGCGUACAUCUACCGGAAGCUCGACAUCGACUACAACGUCCUCGGCAAGUUGCACCAACCCGGCAACGAGUGGUCCUACCCGCUCAUGAUCUUCGCCUUUUGCUGCAUCGGCUCCGGCACCUGCGCCAUGUACAUCGCAUCCGUCUCGACUGGCGCCAAGAACUUUGGCAAGGGCAAAUACCGCGGCCUGGCCCUGGCAAUGCCCAUCACCGGCUUUGGCUUGAGCGGCAUGUGGCUGAGCCAGAUCGGCAGCCAAUUCCUGUACGAGACGAACCCCGACGGCUCCAAGGGCGAGGUCGACGUGUUUCGUUUCUUCGUCUUUCUGGCGAUCCUGCUCGUCAUCGUUGGCAUACUCGGCGUCUUCCUGCUGCGUAUUGUCGACGAGCAGGACUUGAUCGAAGAGGCCAUCGAAGAACUCGAGAACAGCGGCUUCUUGGACGGCAGCUCUCUCCUCGGCCGGUCCGAGCGAGGCUACGGCACCGCGGGCCCGACGACGCCAGCAACCGACCUCGAAAGCGACCCCUUGCUAGACCCGUCCAAGGAUGACGAUGUCAAGUGGAAGAAGAACUGGGUCCUCAACGCCGAGACUCGCCAGUUCCUCACAGACCACACCAUGUAUCCGUUUGCCCUCGCCUUCUUCCUCAUGAUCGGCCCCGGCGAGGCCUUCAUCAACAAUCUGGGCACCGUUAUUGGCACCUUGACGCCUCCCACAGUUGGGUCCGGGGAGCAGACGUCGGCGGCGACUCACGUGUCAAUCUUUGGCAUCACCAGCACGAUUGCGCGCCUGCUCAUCGGUAGCCUGACGGAUCUCCUUGCGCCUGCACCCGAAACGCAGCACGUGCAGGUCGAGCGUCACCGGGGCCAUCGGCGUUCGCCGCUGCAGGGCUUCUCCAUUUCCCGCGUCGUCUUCAUGCUCUUCUUUGGCAUCCUCAUGUCUAUUGGGUUCCUUUUCCUCGCGUCGGGCGCUGCGCAGAACCACGCCGAUCGCUUCUGGGUCGUCUCGGGUCUUGUCGGCGCGGGCUACGGCGCCGUCUUCAGCCUGACGCCGCUCAUCGUUACCAUUAUCUGGGGCGUGGAGAAUUUCGCGACCAACUUUGGCAUCAUCGCCAUGCUGCCGGCGCUUGGCUCGACGUUCUGGGGCCUCGUGUACUCGGGUGUGUAUCAAGCUGGCGCCAAGGCGUCCAAGUCGGUGGGUAACGAGGGCGAGGACGACAUUUUUUGCUACGGCAAGCAGUGCUACUCGGCCACGUUUUGGGCCGAGGAGGCGGACACGAUCCGCAUCCUCGUGGCUACCGACAACCACGUCGGGUACGAGGAGCGCGAUGCCAUCCGGAAAGACGACAGCUGGCGUACCUUUGACGAGGUCAUGAAUGUCGCCCGGAAAGAAGACGUCGACAUGGUGCUCCUCGCCGGCGACCUCUUCCACGACAACAAGCCCUCGCGCAAGUCGCUCUACCAAGUCAUGCGCACGCUGCGCCAAAACUGCCUUGGCAUGAAGCCCUGUCCCCUAGAGUUCCUAUCCGACGCCGCCGAGGUCUUCGAGGGUGCCUUUACGCACGUCAACUACGAAGACCCCGACAUAAACAUCUCCAUCCCCGUCUUCUCCAUUCACGGCAACCACGACGACCCCUCGGGCGACGGCAACUUUUGCUCUCUUGACCUGCUGCAGGCUAGUGGACUGCUCAACUACUUUGGCCGCGUGGCCGAGGCCGACAACAUCGAGGCGAAGCCCAUCCUGCUGCAGAAGGGGGAGACGCGGCUCGCCCUCUUUGGCCUGAGCAAUGUGCGCGACGAGCGCAUGUUUCGCACAUUCAGAGACCACAAGGUCAAGUGGUUUCGGCCCAAUGUGCAGACGAGCGACUGGUUCAACCUGCUGGCGGUACAUCAGAACCACCACGCUCACACGGCAACGUCGUAUCUCCCAGAGAAUGUCCUGCCGGACUGGCUCGACCUGGUUGUCUGGGGCCACGAGCACGAGUGCCUGAUAGACCCUACCAAGAACCCUGAGACGGGCUUUCACGUCAUGCAGCCGGGAUCUUCGGUGGCAACGUCACUUGUUCCUGGUGAGGCGGUGCAGAAACACGUCGCCAUCCUCAGCGUCACGGGCAAGGACUUUAAGGUGGACAAGAUCCCGCUGAAGACAGUGCGACCAUUUGUCACCAGAGAGCUGGUGCUCGCUCAGGACAAGCGCUUCAAGGGGCUGGACAAAAAGAAGGACAACAGGCAGGAGGUCACGAGGCGGCUGAUGGAGGUGGUGGACGAGAUGAUUGAAGAGGCCAACGCCGACUGGGAGGCGAUCCAGACGGACGAGGAGGCGCUGGAGGAGCGGCCGCUUCCCUUGAUCCGCCUCAAGGUGGAGUAUACGGCGCCCGAAGGCGGGCUGUUUGAGUGCGAGAACCCUCAGCGCUUCUCUAACCGCUUCGUCGGCAAGGUGGCCAACACAAACGACGUUGUCUACUUUUACCGCAAGAAGUCGUCGCAGCGCAAGGCAACAGCAGCGACGCCGGCAGACGCUCUCGAGGCCAUCACGGACGAGGGCGACAUGGUCAAGGUCGAAUCUUUGGUGCAGGAGUUUCUUUCGGCGCAGUCCCUCAAGGUGCUCCCGCAAGGCCCUUUCGGCGACGCCGUCAACCAGUUUGUGUCCAAGGAUGACAAGCACGCCAUGGAGCUGUUUGUGUCGGAACACUUGACUGGGCAGGUCAAGCAGCUUCUCGGGUUGGAAUCGGACGAGGAGGACCUCAACAGCGCCAUGGAAAUUUACCGGACGCGCAUCGAACACCAAAUGGCGAGCAGCGGUACGAGGCAGUCGCUCGGUGAGAGAAGACGCGUGCUCCGGCCCAAGCCGGACACGUGGGACAGCGACUUUGACGGCAACUGGGAGGAGGAGCCAGACGCGUGGACGUACGAGGGCGUGUCCAUGGACAUGACACCAGCGACGACUCAGGGACGGCCGGGGCGGAGCGCGCAGCAGGACGAGGAGAUGCUAGAUGACGACGACGAGCCGCCUGCCAAGACAACGAGACGGACAGCCGGACGAGCAACAAAGGCUACUACGGCCAAGGCGCCAGCAAAGAAAGCGCCAGCAAAGAAGCCGGCCGCACGGGGCCGCGGUCGGAAGGCGGUGCAGAGCGAGGACGAGGAAGAGGACGUGGUCAUGGAGUCGGACGAGGAAGAGCCGGCGCCGCCGCCCAAGCCCGCUGGCCGAACUACAAGGCGCGGGCAGACGCAAGCGCAGGCGGCGACGAAGGCGGCGCCCAAGCGGCCAGCAAGGGGCGCGGCAGCCAAGACGAAGCAGACGAAGCUCGACUUUGCAUCCCAGCGUGGGGCGACGCAGGACAGGGCAUUGGAGAUUAGCGACGAUGAGGUAUCGGACGGCGAGGACGCGUUUGAGCCGGCGCCGAUUGCGACGAGGACGCGACGGCGGUAG